ACGGGCUACGGAGGGCGGCGCAGGCGCUGCGCGCCAAGCUCGCGAGAGAACAUGCCCGGAGACUGAAGGCCCCCGCACCGCCCGCGCCGCCUGUCGAUCACCUGGCCCCGCCCCGCGCCGGCGCGCCCCCCGGCAAGCCCCGGCCGGGCGGGAAGCGAACGCGCGCUCCCUUCCGUUACCCUCCUCUUGCGGGAAGGGCGGGGGAGGCUGGAGGCGCGUGCUCGCGAGCUGCGUGCUCGCGUACGUCGCCGGGUUCGGCUGCGUCCGUCCCGCCGCCCGCCCGUUGCCGCCGCCGCCGCCGCCGCCGCCGUCGCCGCGCUUUCGCUUCGCCGGCCGCCGCCUAGGGGGGCUGGGGCCAGGCCAAGCCGCCGCCGCCGAAGCUGUUGCCGGGAUGCCACGGGUGUACAUCGGUCGCCUGAGCUACCAGGCCCGGGAGCGCGAUGUGGAGCGCUUCUUUAAGGGCUACGGGAAGAUCCUGGAGGUGGAUCUGAAGAACGGAUAUGGGUUUGUGGAGUUUGAUGAUCUGCGAGAUGCAGAUGAUGCUGUUUAUGAACUGAAUGGCAAAGACCUUUGUGGUGAGCGAGUAAUUGUUGAGCAUGCCCGCGGCCCGCGACGAGAUGGCAGUUACGGUUCUGGACGCAGUGGAUAUGGUUAUAGAAGAAGUGGCCGAGAUAAAUAUGGCCCUCCUACCCGCACAGAAUACAGACUUAUUGUGGAGAAUUUGUCAAGUCGGUGCAGCUGGCAAGACCUAAAGGAUUAUAUGCGUCAGGCAGGAGAAGUGACCUAUGCAGAUGCUCACAAGGGACGCAAAAAUGAAGGGGUGAUUGAAUUUGUAUCUUACUCUGAUAUGAAAAGAGCUUUGGAAAAGUUAGAUGGAACUGAAGUCAAUGGCAGAAAAAUCAGAUUAGUUGAAGACAAGCCUGGUUCUAGACGACGCCGGUCCUACUCCAGGAGCCGGAGUCACUCAAGAUCUCGCUCUCGAAGCAGACAUUCUCGUAAGAGCAGAAGCCGAAGCGGCAGCAGCAAAAGCAGUCAUUCUAAGAGUAGAUCCCGAUCCAGGUCAGGCUCCCGUUCCCGGAGCAAGAGCCGCAGCCGCAGCCAGAGCCGCAGCCGCAGCAAGAAGGACAAGAGCCGGAGCCCCAGCAAGGACCAGAGCCGGAGCCGCAGCCGCAGCCCCGACAAGCGCCGCAGCAAGAGCAAGGACCAGGCCGAGGAGAAGGUCCAGAACAGCGACAGCACCGGCAAGUCCAAGAGCCGCAGCCCCAGCAGGCAGAAAAGCAAGAGCAGAAGUAGAAGCCGCAGUCAGGAGGGGGGCGCGCAGGAGAAGCGGGGCAGCGUGAGCAGGAGCAGAAGCAAGGAGAAGAGCCUGCGCAAGAGCCGCAGCCGCAGCCGCAGCAAAGGCGGCAGCCGCAGCCGCAGCCGCAGCAAGAGCAAGGACAAGAGGAAGGGGAGGAAGAGAAGCAGGGAGGAGAGCCGCAGCCGCAGCCGCAGCCGCAGCCGCAGCAAGAGCGAGAGGAGCAGAAAGCGAGGCGGCAAGCGAGACAGCAAGUCGGGCAGCAGCAAGAAGAAGAAGAAGGAAGACGCCGGCCGCUCCCAGUCCAGGUCGCGAUCCCGCUCGGGCUCGAAGGAGCGGGAGCGCGCCAAGCCCGAGUCUGGCCAGAGGGAAGGCCGAGGGGAGAGUGAGGAUGCUGGCGCCAAUCAGGAGACCCGGUCCAGGUCGAGGUCCAAUUCCAAAUCAAAACCAAACCUCCCGUCAGAAUCACGCUCCAGAUCAAAGUCCGCGUCAAAAACCCGAUCCCGGUCCAAGUCUAGAUCCAGGUCUGCGUCCAGAUCGCGCUCCCGGUCUAGAUCUAGGUCCCACUCAAGGUCCUAACUGGCUACGGCCACAGCUGGAACUACCCGAGGAGUCUUUUGUACAUGUUUGGUAGCCGUAGCACAAGUGAUUGAAGUAGAACAUGCGUCACUGCUGUACAUUUUUAACUCCCCUAAUGGUGUGUCUACAGUUGUUAAGUCUAAGCGCUUCCUCUCCGUAAAGCCUCCUGGCGUCAGGCCUUCCUGCUCGACUGAAAGCAGUCUUCUCUUUGAAAGCCCCCUUUACUCAUGGCCCACAGUAGAAUAUCCAAAAUGCCUUGGCUUUGAGGCCUGGCCUUUCCUACAGGGAGCUCAGUACCUGGAUGGCUUUAAGGCUGGAAUGAUGACAUAGGUAGGUAUGGUGAGUUCAACCAUUUUGCCCUUGAAUUGAUGCCCUUUGAUGUAUGCCAUUUAGUGAAAGUGCUAAGUCUUAAGUUUCCUACCACUUUGGUUUCAUAUUUUUGGACUUAACAAAGUUGUGAAUAGCACAGUCGAGGGAAAUUGAUACCUGCAGUAACCCAUAGGAAAUAAACUGUAGAGUUCCAUAUUCUGGUAUUGUGAUUAUAUUGUUUUAUAUUAAAAAAGAAAAGAAAAGAAUUUUUUUUAAUUUUAUUUUUCCCCGUCUUGCAAAGUAUAGUGACCCCUGUUUCCAUUAAAUUUGAAUAAAGACUAUUUUUGCUUGACAAAA